UUCUCCUCUCUCUCUCUCUCUCUCUCUCUCUUCCAAACAUAGAUUAACUUUUUCUUGACCAACUAAUAUUAUGGGGAAAAUUCCUUGUUGUGAGACGAAUGAAUUGAAAAAGGGUCCAUGGACUCCGGAGGAAGAUCAUAAACUCGUUCAUUACAUUCAGAAACACGGGCAUGGGAGAUGGCGAACCGUCCCCAAGAAUGCAGGACUGAAAAGGUGUGGAAAGAGUUGUCGCCUUCGGUGGGCAAACUAUUUAAGACCUGAUAUUAAGAGAGGGAGGUUCUCACUGGAAGAAGAAGAGACCAUAAUACAGUUACACAGUGUUUUGGGAAACAAGUGGUCUACCAUUGCUUCUCGCUUGCCAGGAAGAACAGAUAAUGAGAUCAAGAACUAUUGGAACACACACAUCAGAAAGAGGCUAUUAAAAAUGGGGAUUGAUCCUGUCACUCAUACUCCUCGUCUCGAUCUUCUUGAACUCACCUCCCUUCUCUCAUCAACCCUUUGUAACUCAUCGUCAGAUAAUUUGCAGCUUAAUAUUCCGAAUCUGCUCAGUAUUGGACCUAUAACGGAUCCAGAGCUCCUCAACUUAACCGCUACGUUGUUAUCAAGCCAACGCAGACCGCAAUCAUCGUAUCCUGAAUUUCCUUCAAAGAAUCAUGCUCAACAAAACCCACUUUCCCUUUUACAAAACAAUGAUCAAAACCAAUUUCAAUCAAACCAGCUCCCAAAUAUCGCCCCAUUUCUAAACCAACCCCUUAUCACUGAUUUUGGCCACCCUUGUUCUACAAAUGGAGCCGAUCAGAGUAGUUUUGUUCCUAUAAUAACAAACCAGGUGGGCUCGUAUGACUCUUACUACGAGUCAAUCAUUAGCCAUAAUAUUCCAGGACAAGAUUACCAGCCGGCGUGCAUUUCUGAUAACGUUAAUAAUCAAAGCUUUCAAAAUAUGUGUAGUUUUGGUUCGCUGCUAUCAACACCUUCCUCAAGUCCGGCCACCACUACCUAUGCCAAUUGUUGCACAGAAGAUGAGAGGGAUAGUUUUUGCAGCAAUAUCUUAAAUAUGUAUCAUGACAUUCCCAAUGACUUAAACGUUACCCAACUUCUGUGAGAAAAACGUUAUUAAUAAUUAUUAGACGAGGAGGCUGUGUAGCAAGCAGGAAUAUUGUUCGCUCAUGAGUCAUGCGAAUCAAAGUUUGUGUGAACUUUUUAAUAUUGCACUCUGAUUUUAGCUAGGGCUUUGAAGUAAUCUGAAAUUCACGUGAAUCUCAUCAUUUAUAUAUUUUUGAAAAAUGACUUGAUACUUGAUACGAUGGUUAA